AUGUUUGAUGAGGAUGACAGUCAGACAUUCGAGUCGUCUGAGUUUGUGGAGAUGAUCUCCGCAUUCUUCUUCGGAAUCGCCUGUGCGUUUGGACUCUUGGAGUUCCCGCACAUCGUUCCAAAGCCCAGCAUGCGUCAGAAACUCGGGAAGCACUUGUUUGACCGUCUGGUAUCGGCGGCUUGCUGCAAGAUCACCUUCUGGGAAGCCAAAAAGAUCAAAGCAGAGGAUUCUGCACCUUUCUGGCUUAUUGAAGAGUGGUUUCUCGGCGAGUCUGGAGACCCGCUCUCUGCUCCCUUUGCCAUGUUCUUAGAGCGUUUUUCAGUCCGCGGCGUGGAUGACGACCCUGAGUUUUUCGAGGGCGAGGAUAGGAGGUUCAAGUUGUCUCACACGGGCCCGGUGGAGCCGCCCUUGGAGACUGCAGCUUCGCUGGACUCGAGCUUAGAAGAGAUGGAAUUCCUGCGAGAGAAUGGCCAGAAAGUCAGUUUGGGAGUGUUCCUCAAGAAGCUGUGCCCAAACGCAAAGCCUCGCCACCUCCGCAUGUUCCAGACUUGGCUGAAGGAGUUGGACCACAUAGAAGAACUGAAGGUGCAGUGGGCCACUGCCCGCAGGAUGUUGAAUCACUUCGAAGGCUUCAUCGCCCGGCCAGUCUUGCCAGCGAGGGUUCGGCAGGAGUUGCUGACGGAGCAUGAGAGCAUCCAUUGCAGUGCCAGUGAGGCCCGGGUGAUGGCCUGCGCGAUGCGGAAGAAGUUCUUUCAGCAGGGCUCCGCGGUAAACAAGGACGAUUACAUUGCUGCAAUGUGUCCCACUGAAUUUCGUCCGAAAGAAGGCAACCCUCUCAUCGAUCAGGUUGUGGGUCAAUUGCUCCGCAUGAACGUGACAAACGUGGAAGAAAGCCUCAAAAGCAAGGAGGCUUUAUUUGCAAGCCGCAGCGAGGCGGCUGCCAACAGGAGGAAAUUCAUCAAGCCAGCGGUCCCGGAGCAUCAAUGGGCGCAGUGGAACCAGGCGUUUGAUGCCUUCUCCCCAACGGAGACGGCUACAGCAUCAGGACGCCUGAGCGUGUCGGGAUUUGUUCGGCAGAACGACGUUUGCCCGACUAUAUGUGAGUUCAUGUGUGAGAUUAUCAGGCGCAACCGCGCUGAGGGGCAUGAGCCCAGCUUUUCGAAGGAGGAAUUCCUCCAGAAGAUGCUUGAGAUUAGUGCUUGUCGUGUGAGGAAGGACACGCUGCGCCAAGGUGGAGUUUUGGCUGUGAGGUGGAAGAGGGAUGAAGAGGGAAGCCCCGGAGCUAGUGCAUCCUCGACCCUGAUAGGCAUCUAUCUAUCGCAGUUAGAAGCCUUCCUCCUGCUCAUCCUCCCCCUCCCCGCUGAACACAAUGAACUUGAAGCAACGCUGCAGCCUCGACAACGACAAGCUGCAGAUGAAGUUGCAGACCUUCAGCCUGUCGUCGGACAAGUUGGUGCGCCCUUGACAGCAUGCCUAGACCUGAAGGCAGUCUGCGUGCUUGCUUGCGUUGAGAUCUUCAAGAUCUUGUUGUGCUUUCCGUCUGGCAACGGUAUGGGACAUGUCAUGAAGCAGAUUCACUCUUCAAAACGUGGCCCAAAGCUUGCUGCAACGAGCAGAAGCUUGCUUAGUGGAACACCACACCUGAGCACCAACAAGUCACGACACCGCGAGGCUACACCAACGCAAUCAGAGACCUUGAGACUCGAUCUUACACUAGCAAAAUACAAGCAGUGCAGCUUUCAAUGGUUGCUGCUUAGCAGCACUUCCUCAAAGAUGUUUGCGACUUGCCUGCAGACAUUGCUCAGAAGCCAAUGCGAUUUUGUGAAUGAAGUCGACCACUGGAAGCUGAUGGAAGCUAAGGGUGCAGUGCUGUCGGCCUUGGCCCGAUGGUUUCUUCCAGGUAAUCACCGCCAGGAGGUACCAGAGGCCCGCGCCAACGGCCAUGCUGCUUCCCAACAGAAGGUGGAGAUGGACAAAGAGCCCGUCACGCCGGUUGAGAAACCGGCGUCCAUCGCUUCAGCACAGAGAGAGGAGCCAGCGGAGCAGGCAGCUUUUGUGCUUUCACUCCUGCAGUGCACGCCAUCCACAGCCAAAUGGGUGGAUGCCCUUGUUUGGGCAAAUUGGUUGGUCGUGCUCAUUGCGGUGGCAGAUUUUAGUGCCGUCAAGUUCGCUCAUUUCAUGCGUCAGUUUUGUCGCUACCAGUUGUCACUUCCAUGUCGAGACCUGAGCAAGGUGGUUCUUCCAUUGCCUGCGCGGAUAGCAGAGCAGAUUCUGCCUGCGGAGGCUGACUUCUGGUUCAGGGCAGCGCCGUGUGAAGCGAGUGCAGAACUGAAGCAGCAUCACGUGCCCGCGCAAGACGAACUGCAUGAGGCGUCCAAAACUGCUGUUUUGCACAGGAAGUUGGAAGCGAUCAAGCAGGCAACCAAGCCGGUGACCGUUGCAGAGCCAUCAGUGAAAGCUUGCCAGGAAGGCAAAGCUGCCGCCCUGCAGCAAAAGCUUGACAUGGCCAAGGAGGCGAACAGAAAGUCGGCAAGCCUGCAGAAGAAGCUGGACAAGGCUAAAGAGGAGGUCGGCAAAGCUUCUGCUUCACAGAGGAUGGUGGGCGUAGAGGCGGACGAGGGAUCAGAAAGCAUGGCGUCUAAGAAGCGAUCCACGACGGUUAGCAAGGCAGCAAUCCUCCAGAGGAAGCUGAAUGAGGCCACUUUGCAGUUGUACAGGCGCGGAGAUCGUCGCCGUCGACGAGCGGUUCUGCAACCGCCCAAGAAGAAGAAGGAGGAUGAAGUAGCAGAACCUGAGCAGGAAACCGCGAAGCCCUCCUUGCCCAAGAAAGUCAAGAAAGCGGAGGACCCGAUGACGCUCCUUAAGCAGGCGAGCAGCAAAGCAGAAGCGCCCAAGAUCCCGGACGAGGAAGCAGCUGAAGAUGACACAGAGAAAGUCGACAAGGUAGCUUUGGGAACGCGCAAGAAGAAGAGGGAGGAUGAAGCGUCAAAGGGCUUGGAAGAGCCUUGCCAGGAGGCAGGGAAACCUGCACUGCUGAAAAGGGCCAGGAAGGUGGCGAACGCGAGUACGCCAGACAAGGCAGCUUCAUCCUGUCUUCCGGAUGGUGCUUCAGACAUUCGGCCGAAAGAGCGGGGAGCUCGACCCAAGGCUAUCCAAAAGCAGUCUGUCCAAAAGCCAGCGGAGGACUCAGAUGCCAGGACUUUUGGGGAGCAGCCUUUCAACGUGUUCAACGAGUUCCGAGAGAAGGCGCCUCCACUUGGAGACUCCUCAAACGUCGCGGAGGAGCCCGCAAAGCGAUUGCGUGCUUCGCUGAGGCCUACAACACCAACCCGGAGCCCAGUGGCAACAGCGCGAAAUGGAUGGCGGGGCGAGGAAGAGGAAAGUGAUGCUUCCGACUCCUCGCCGUCGGAGCCUUCCAGAUGGAGAUGCGAGGGUGAAGACGACACCUUCGACCUCAGGGACUGGCGCCGGCUUGAACAGCCCAUUCAAGCCUCGACACGGCGGAGCCAGUCCGAGGACGAGGAGGCAUCCCCAGCAGCGAAGAAGCGCAAGCCCAGAAAGAAAAAGAAGAAGAAGGCAGCAAGAGGCGCAGUGUCGUCGGCCGAGCAGGUUGUACAGAGCAGACCUGCCGCUUGGGAGCCGACAACGCACUCGUUGGCGUCCAAGAAGGACCGCCCGAAGCGCACACCAGCCGGAGCCGGCAGGGAGGACGUGGAAGAAGAGCAGCAUGUUUCACCGAAAGGUAAGCGAACCGCCUCUUCCGAAGCAACGACGCCAAAGCGCGGCAAGCCUGAAUCCAGCCCCACCUGCCAAGUUCCGGCCGAAGCUCAAGUUCACCACGAGGCUGAGUCCGUCGAAGACAUCAUGUCUGUGAGCUCCGGAAGUGACCACGCAGACUAUGGCGUCAUUGACUGCCGCUUCAUCUCGGAGAACGACGCUGCUUUGGGCCUACGUCGACGGAUACAGCGCAACAAGGCGAGGGCAUUGGAGGAGGCCAAGAAGGAGGAAAAGAAAGCCAAAAAGAAGGCUAAGAAAGCAGCAAAGCGCGCCUUGAAAGCCAAGCGAAAGGCUGACUCCGCAGAGGCAGCUGCUGGCUGCAGGCAAGAAGAUGAAGAUCCCAUGUGGGCCAAGCUCAUGGAGCUUUCCCAGGAAGGCUGA